AUGAAAUGCUUGUACAUCAUCUCGAAAUCAUUUUUUGUUCAUCGAGUGAUGCCCGAAAUGGAUAUUUUACAUUUGAGAGACACAUGGACAGUGGUGACUGGUGGAACGGAUGGAAUUGGAAAAGCGUAUACAUUGGAAAUGGCUCGAUCUCGAGGAAUUCGACGCUUUGUCUUAAUUGGAAGAAAUGCUCAGAAAUUGACGAUCAUUGAGACAGAAUUGAAAAAAGACUUCAAAUGCGAAGUGAAAACGAUAAUUUUCGAUUUUGAUGGAGGCGAUUGGGCUGAACUGACAAACGAGUUGAAAGAUCUCGAUAUCGGAAUCUUGUUAAAUUUUGCCGGUUUGGCCCCGGGAAUGGUGGGGAAUUUGGUGGAACAAGAAGAGGGAUUGGCGUCCAGGAUAAUGCAAGUGAACACGAUCAGCUGUGUCAGAAUGAACGAAUUGGUGUUGCCAAAAAUGAUUGAAAAAGAUCGAGGGAUCAUCGUGAAUAUGUCAUCGAUGACGGGCUGGCGUCCUCUUCCCUACACGAGUUCCUAUCCGGCAUCAAAAGCUGCAAUCUCUUUCUUCACCGAUGCACUCACCGAUGAAUUCCGAGACACAAAUGUCAAAAUUCAGUGUCUGGUUCCAAUGUUGGUGGCUACAAGCUUAGCGAGUUAUGAUAAAUCCGAAGCCAACGAUAUUUUCGUCGUUUCAACCGAGACUUUUGCGAAACAAGCUGUUCACGCAAUCGGCAAUUUCGAGUUGAUUUGUGGUUGUUGGCAGCACGAUUUGCAGAUAGCCUUGUGUUCUCUCAUCAGUCCAUGGCUAUUUAAACAAUUUUUUGUCCCAUUCGGAAUGUUGGGAGUUCAUCGGAAACGAGUCGAAAAUUUCCAGAAAAGACAUAUA